AUGAGGAAGACUACAUUCCUCACCCUCCUCGUCGGCCGAGCUGUCGUCGUGACCGCGCAAGAUGCACCGACUGUCAAGACCGUCAAUGGCACGCUGCAAGGGGCCAAGUGUGCUUCCAACGACGUGAACUCAUUCCUGGGUAUCCCCUAUGCCCAACCACCCGUGGGCGACCUGCGCUUUGCGCCACCGCAGCCAUACAAUCAGACCUUCGACACUCGUCAGGCAACGCAGCCACCGCCUGCCUGUACGCAGUUCAAUGUGGCUUUCUCUGAGCGUGGCCCACAGUCAGAAGACUGCCUCUUCAUAGAUGUCUGGGCCCCCGCCAGCGCCAAGUCAGACUCGAAAUUGCCGGUGAAGGUGUGGCUUUACGGGGGAGGCAACCAGGCGGGCGGAAUCUCAAACCCAACAUAUGACGGCUGCACAGCAAGUGAGAAAGUGAUCCAAGUGUCUAUCAAUUAUCGUGUUGGGCCCCUGGGCUUCCUCGCACUGGACAGCCUCGGCCUCCAAGGCAACCAGGGCAUCCAGGACCAGCUGCUUGGACUGCAGUGGGUCCAGGAGAACAUCGAAGCCUUUGGUGGCGACUCGAAGAAGGUGCUUUUGUUUGGACAGUCAGCAGGUGCCUCCGAUACGUACAUCAUCAGCAGCCUCCCACAAGCAUCUUCGCUCAUCAGCGCGGCUAUCCUGCAGUCCGGAGCAGGGAGCCAGUUGGACACAACAGCGGAUGCGCAGAAUGCGACCCAGGCCUUCGUCAAGGCCUUGGGUUGUGGCCUGGAUGAUGUUGCCUGUGUUCGCGCUGCUUCAGUCUCGACCCUCAACUCGUCGAUCACCGCUCCCGGAUCAUCCUCUUCAAACCCCAUAGUCGACGGUACUAUCAUCCCCGCGCAGCCUCUCGAAGCGGGUCUCAAAGUCCCUGCCGUGGCCGGGUCAACCACGGACGAAGGCACCUUGUUCAUUCUGAGCCAAUACCAGGCCAACGUGCUGACUCUGAACUCCACGGACUACGAUGGCUUCCUGACCAGGACAUUCGGACCGCUGGCACAGAAGGUCAAUGAGACGUACCCGUUGUCAAACUACACUGGCUCAUCCGGCGGUCCUGUGCUGGCGGCCAUGUCGGCUGUCAUCACGCACGGCCAGUUCAGAUGCCCGACCAGACGGUUCAUCCGCCAGGCAAACCAGGACGGUGUGCCAGUCUGGACAUACUCAUUCAACCACACUCUCAGUUGUCCGUGGUACAACAGCAUCCCGAGCUAUGCCCUGGACCUGCUUGCAUCGACCCACACCGCCGAGAUCCCGUUCGUCUUCAACGGCACCACGGGCAUGCCGAAAUCAAACGGAACCUGCAGCCUCUCCGCCGGGGAGGCGGCCCUCGCCGCGAAGAUGCUUGGCGCGUGGGACAGCAUGGCGGCGAACGCGAACCCGGGCAGUGACUGGCCUCAGUACAACACGUCCAGCUCGGCCGGGGUCAAUGUCGUCGGGGAUGACUUCACGAUAGGGACUGUUGAUUACAGCAUGUGUGACUUCUGGGAUGGGAUUCAGGCUGCCACUGCGAAUGGAACAUCGAGCGGAGGCGCAAACGGAACGACUCCCGGCGCAGGGUCUGGUACACAAACAUCGGUCGCCGCCUGGCCUUGGUUCGAAGGCAUCGUUGGUUCACUAGCAGUUGUUGCUGGGCUGUACCUCGUUCCUUUAUGUGCACUGUAG